AUGUCGAAGCUUAAAAUCCUCAUCGUGGGCGCAUCCAUAGCCGGGCCCACGGCAGCAUACUUUUUCGCUAAGGCUGGAGCAACAGUCACAAUUAUCGAACGCUUCCCUCAUCUGCGCAUAAAUGGCCAGAAUGUUGAUAUUCGUACCUCAGGCGUUACUGUGAUGAGAAAAAUUCCUGGUAUGGAGGCCGCUGUUCGAGCAAAUACCUUUGACUUAGACGGCCUUUGCCUUGUUCGCGAGAAUGGGAAGCCCUAUGGUACGAUUAAAACUAGCGGAAGCCCUGACCAACAGUCACUGCUAUCCGAGUAUGAGAUCUUUCGAGGACGAUUGGCAGCAAUUCUCUACGAUUUCACAAAAAACAAUGAGAAUAUCAGAUAUCACUUCGAAGAGCAAGUAGCCUCAAUUCAGCAGGAGGACGGCAUUCGAGCAGUGAAAGUCACGUUUCUGAAUGGUUUGCAGCCUGCCGAAUAUGACCUUGUAGUAGCUUGCGACGGCGCAACGUCCCGAACCAGAGCCAUCGGAUUUCACUGUGGGGUUCGCGACCACAUAUUUCCUACCAACUGCUGGUCAGCAUACUUCUCGACCAAGCAGGAUCUCAUUCAUGGGAGCAGACUGGGCCAUGGCUUUAGUUCGAUCCCAGGCCGUUUCAUGUCUGUCGAAUAUAACUCUUCCGGUGGCAACAUAGUUAACAUGACGAUGCUACAUCCCCAGAGUGCGCAUAAUGCCACAGCUGCACUUCGUGAGGCAAUCGCACAAGGCGAUGAUUCGCUCAAACAGUACCUCGUCAGCCGCUUCUAUAAUCAUGGUUGGAAGACUAAGGAGGUCCUCGACGAAUUACUGAAGACUGACGAUCUUUACGCUAGUGAAGUUGUUCAGGUUAAAGUGCCCAGCCUUUUCAAUGGACGAUUCGCACUGGUAGGAGAUGCUGGCUAUGCACCAGGCUUUACAGGAACUGGCACAACGCUUGCCCUAACUGGUGCAUAUAUAUUGGCGGGCGAGAUCUGCAGGCACAAGGGAGAUGUCAAAGCCGGCCUUGCUAGUUACGAGAACACUAUGAGACCAAUCAUUAACGAAAUGUCGAAAGUGCCACCAUUCGUCCCCAGCAUACUAGCACCGCAAACCGCUUUGGCUCUUUGGUUACGGAACAAUUUAUUCGCCCUAUUGGCUUGGUCAAAGCUUCUAGAGUAUGUUCAGCGCUUCUUCGGCUCAUCUGGUGGCAAGACAAGUGAAUACCCUUUGCCGGAUUAUCAUUGGGAGAACGACUGA